AUGAGCGGAGCAUCCUUGCCAGGACCCUCAGAAGCGGUCCCCCAAGGAGUCCAUCGAUCCCAGACGGGAGAAUCUUUCAUAUUUGCAAAUGGAAAUAGUGCGCACUGGAGAGAACGCAAUCUUCUCAGCCUAGACGGCGGAGGGAUACGCGGAUACUGGUCUCUCUUGGUCUUGGAGAGAUUAAUGGCGGCGAUAGCUCGCGAGGAGCGAGAACAUACAGCUGCAGGGCAACGUUCUGACAGCUUUUGGCCUGCGACUCGUCCACGAAACGUCGUGCAUACCUGGAGAAGUUCUAGCGAGACAGAAGAUGAAGAAGUAGAGUCGCAAACCCCCAUCUUUCUGCCAUGUCACUACUUCGACAUCAUCUGUGGGUCGAGCACUGGGAGGUUCCGCAUGACAGUCCAAGACUGUCUGUACGAGUACGAACGAAUGAGUAACCACAUAUUCGGGAAACCACGGUGGGUUUCCCAGCGUAAUAUAGGGAUUGUUCGCUGGCCGAAAUACAGUUCUAAGGCCAUGGAAAGAGCAUUUACGGACGUAACACGUCGGCGUGGGGAGACUCCUGUGCGCGGCCAGCUCACGCAUACCCCACCAUAUUUCCCUACUAUCCCGGGCACAUGUGCCAUGUAUGUGCUUCUACCUAUUCUGUCUCACUUGCAGCUGUUUGUCACAACCAAUCGUCGCAUCAAGUCGGCCAGUGCUGCGCGCCCUGGCGUUCAACGUUUGUAUCUGAUCCGGUCCUAUGAUCAUAAGACAAAGCCUGGCACACCGAACACGGAGAUAAAUAAUUUCGGGAAAGCCGAGCAAAUGGAAAUCUGGCAAGUUGCCCGUGCUGCCACGGCCGCACCCAUGUACUUCAGAGAAAUCAAAUUCACACCUCCCCACUCACGAGACAGAUAUUAUUUCUCGGAUGGAGGGUUUGGACACACUAAUAAUCCAACUGAAGUUGGUAUCCAAGAAAUACAACUUCGUUUCGGGGCAGAAUCUGUGGGGGCAGUCGUCAGUAUCGGCACCGCAAGGGCAGAUGAUGACAACUCGGGCGGACGAAGUAUCUUCAAAAGGGUGCACAAUGCCUUCAGUAUUGCAACUAACCCUCGGAUUGUUGCCAACCAGGUACGAAGGCGAAAUCUUCCCCACUACUGGCGUUUGAAUGAUGAGGAGGGGCUCAGGAUGGAGCUGGAUGACUGGCAGCCAAAUGGCCUUACCACAAGCAAGGAAAAUCGAGGCAGGAAGACACUGCAAGAGAUAAGGGCACGCUUCAACGAAUGGGCGCUUGUUUACGAGAACGACGAAUCGAUACGGGCGUGUGCACGGGAAUUGGUACGACGCCGAAGGGCUAGGAUUCAGGACGGCGCCCGCUGGGAGGUCUACGCGACCGGAGCUUCCAAUUUCCGCUGUCGGCACGAACAUUGCCCAGAGACCCCGUUCCCUACGCGGGAUCAUUUUCGAGAACACUGGCAUCAAUGUCACGAGGACAAUCAUGAAGACGCCGACCGAUGCAGGGAGCCCGAGUUUACUAUAUGGCGAUAUCGCAAUGACACCUAA